AUGUCGAGAACUCACAUCAUCACCUUCAAAGCUGGUAUCUGUGACCUUGAUAGCUCCACAACCCCUGCUACUGUGAAACCCAAGCCCACUCCCGGCUAUAUCUACCUCUACUCCGAAGAUGACCUGGUGCACUUCUGCUGGCGGCCUCGCAGCUCGCCCAUUGACGACGAGGACAAUCUCGACCUGGUGAUGAUUCCUACAGAUGGAAGCUUUACCCCCUACAGAAAGGGUGCCACAAACGGUCGUGUGUUUGUCUUGAAGUUCUCGUCCAGCUCUCAGCGUCAUCUAUUCUGGUUGCAGUCUCAAUCCCAGCACGAAAGUGGUGACCCGAACUGGUUCAGUCCCCGGGACUUGAAGCUCGGAGAGAUUGUUGAUGUUCUUUUGCAAGGUGAGGAUGUGGAUGUGGAACACGAGAUCGCCAGCCUGCCCCAACGACCAUCUGGCGACGAUGAUGAGACCAUGGAAGACGUCGAGGGAACAGACCAUGACGCCAGUCACCACGCUGCUGGCAGUGGUGGAGCUGGUCCAGAUGCGACCGGAGGAGAUAUUCGCGAGGAGGGCCAGGAGUCGCGUGAAGGUGGUGCCGAUGGUGGACGAGCAGCGAAUGAUGAUUCCGAUCCAUCCCUGGUCGUUCAAGACUUCUUGCGGUCUCUGGGUAGCCAACGCCAGUCUCAAACCCAGGAACCCGAGCGACCUUCUACAACUCUCCAAGAACUAUUGCCGCCUCCCACCACUCUUCCAUUUAUUGAAUCCGCCGACGAAUCUACUGCCGACCACCUCCUAAGCUUCUUGCCGCCAGCACUGCUUCUGAUGGCCCAGGGCAAUGCAGAGGCCUCCGAGGCGGACACGGACCCCGAGUUGGCCCAGGCGGCUCUUCUUUCUCUUGAUCUCACUCAGAAAAAAGAUAUUCUUCGCAAGGUACUCCGGUCUCCUCAAUUCACACAAAGCUUGGCCAGUCUUACCGUGGCCCUUCGUGAUGGUGGAUUGCCUAGUAUCAGUGAAGCUUUGCAAAUCCCAGUGGCAAAUGGAGGAUUUAUGCGUCGAGGCGGUGUACCCCUGGGUGGGGGUGAUGCAGUGGAGGCGUUUCUAGAUGGCGUUCGGCAAUAUGUCAAGAAGGAUGAAUCUAAGAUGGACACGGAUUGA